GCCCUAAAAGCAAAAGAAAAGGCUCGAUGCAGUUGUAGGGAAAGAAACCCUAUCACUUCCCAUCCAUUGAUCUCAAAUCCUUCCCUUAGUUUCGCUUGGAAUCUUUCGAUCUUUGCCCUGCGAUCGACGAACUGUUGCUUCAAUCGCAACUUUCGGUUCUUUCUUCCUUGCGUGAUAUAAUUGUUUCGGGAAGUCGUAGAUGAAUCCUCGAAGUAGGUAUCCUCCGCCCGGCAUGGGCAACGGCCGAGGGGGCGGUGCGAGUACGAACCCUAAUUUCUAUGCAAGGAGCGCUCACCAGCACCAGCAGUAUGCUCAGCAGAGUCCGGCGCAUGGUCAGCCAAGCCAGCAGUUCCAGCAGCAACAGCAGUGGUCGAGAAGGAAUCAGCUUGGAGGUGACUUUGGUGCUGGCCAAAUAGUGAAAUCGGUUCAAUCUGAGGCCACUAAUACGAGUUUGCAAGAUUGGAAGGCACAAUUGAAAAUGGCACCUCCAGACACACGCUACAAGACAGAGGAUGUGACUGCAACCAAGGGGAAUGAAUUCGAGGACUAUUUUCUGAAGCGAGAACUGCUUAUGGGAAUAUAUGAGAAAGGUUUCGAAAGGCCUUCACCAAUUCAGGAAGAAAGCAUUCCAAUUGCACUCACUGGCAGUGACAUUCUUGCCAGAGCUAAAAAUGGGACUGGAAAGACUGCUGCAUUUUGUAUUCCUGCACUUGAGAAAAUUGACCAGGAUCAUAAUGUCAUUCAAGUUGUUAUAUUGGUUCCUACAAGAGAGUUAGCUCUUCAGACAUCACAAGUUUGUAAGGAACUUGGGAAACAUUUGAAUAUUCAAGUCAUGGUUACUACUGGAGGAACCAGCUUGAAGGAUGACAUUAUGCGUUUAUAUCAACCUGUUCACUUGCUUGUUGGAACACCUGGUCGAAUUCUUGAUCUUGCACGAAAAGGUGUCUGUGUUUUGAAGGAUUGUUCAAUGCUUAUUAUGGACGAGGCGGAUAAACUUCUCUCUCCUGAGUUCCAGCCGUCUAUAGAGCAGCUUAUUCAGUUUCUUCCUGCCAAUAGGCAGAUUUUAAUGUUUUCCGCAACAUUCCCUGUUACCAUAAAACAUUUUAAAGACAGAUAUCUUCCAAAACCAUAUAUUAUCAAUCUAAUGGAUGAACUGACACUGAAGGGAAUAACACAAUUCUAUGCUUUUGUAGAGGAAAGGCAGAAGGUUCAAUGCCUUAAUACCCUUUUCUCAAAGCUGCAAAUUAACCAAUCUAUUAUCUUUUGCAAUUCUGUUAACCGGGUGGAGCUAUUAGCAAAGAAGAUCACUGAGCUUGGUUAUUCAUGCUUUUAUAUUCAUGCUAAGAUGUUGCAAGAUCACAGGAACCGCGUCUUUCAUGACUUUCGCAAUGGUGCAUGCAGGAAUCUUGUCUGUACAGAUCUGUUUACAAGGGGAAUCGAUAUUCAAGCUGUUAAUGUUGUGAUCAAUUUUGAUUUUCCAAAGAACUCUGAGACGUAUCUGCACAGGGUUGGUCGUUCAGGCAGAUAUGGUCACCUUGGUCUAGCAGUCAAUCUUAUCACCUAUGAGGAUCGCUUUAACUUGUAUAGGAUUGAGCAAGAACUCGGAACAGAAAUAAAGCAGAUUCCUCCGCAGAUUGAUCAGGCUAUAUACUGCAGGUGAUCUGCAACGACGACUAUUCUGAUAUUUUCAUGGCGAAUAACUAGAAGACUUCUUGUAAAUAUGGCGUGCCAAGGUUUGUUUUGUCACCUUGUCCGUGGUCUCCUAGUGGUGUCUGAUGGCACAUUGGAGAUGUCAUUAUCAGCUCUUAUUUUAGGCUAUAUGCUGAUACCCAUUGGUGACUUCAUAACAUGAUUGCUGUUGUCUUUGUAUGUUUGUCAUAUCAGUAUUGGAUUCUAAUGGUACUCAGGCUGAAGAAGGUUCUAAAUUGCUUGUACUAGUUUUCCUUUUUCAUGUUGAACGAGUACUGAUGCUUAUUAUCUACCA